ACAGAUGUUGUUUAAACCUGACAUAAAUGACCGAUUUAUUUUCAUUUCUGGGGAAAACCUGCCGUGGCUAUUUUUGUUUACCGAGAAGCGCAUAAACCAGGCCUGCAGGUAUUUUUCUGCUCGGUCUGGUUGAAUUCGGUCCUGAGUGCGCCUUCAAAGUAUCGAUUAAAGUAGAUUUAACCCUAUGUUAGAGUGUCGUUAGAACAUUCAUUUCUUAUAGACGACAAUUUCUGACAACAGCAACAUGGCAGCUUUUAGACUGUGAUUAGAAUCGGCUGUGAUGGAAGGAUCUAUUUUCUCUAGCGGAGGGUUGCGUGGAGAUACGGUUUUCGCCAAAGUAGUUCUACUUGGAAAGGAAAGCGUAGGAAAAACUUGUUUAGCUACACGAAUUCAUGCAAAUACUUAUCGACAGUAUUCAAGGGCAACUGUUUAUGUGGAUUACCUGUGUUUAAAACUGGAAGGACCGGACUUCGCCUCACCUGUUGUGUUACAAUUGUGGGACACUGCUGGUCAAGAAACGUUCAGAAGUCUUAUAGGAUUUUACAUCCGGUCAGCCCAUUUAGCCAUUGUAGUUUAUGACGUCACCAGCAAGGCUUCGUUUUUGGCAGCUCCUCCAUAUUUUGAAGAAGCACGAAAGACUGAACCAAAGAUACGUUUAGUCCUCGUCGGUAACAAAACAGAUGACACUGAAAACAGACAAAUCCGCUAUAAGGAAGGCAAAGCAAUGGCGGAUAGAUAUGAGUGUCCGUUUUAUGAAACUUCUGCUAAAACAGGAGAAAAUGUGGACAUUCUUUUCGAUGAUAUUGGUCGUGAACUCAGUCACGCUAUGACGUCACCACUAUCGCGUCAUAGAGACAACGGUGGGAGGAUCAGUUCAUUCAUAUUGGAGGGAUGUAAGGAACAGAAGCAACCCACAAAACGGAAAUGUUGGUGCUGAUCACUGGCAUCCCCCCCCCCCCCCCGAUAUUUCAAGUGGAUAUUAUUCGUGGAAUCAGAGGGGCAGUAUAAGAUCAUGCCCCCACCCCUAAUAACAUCUCUUUCCCACUCCACCCUAUAUAUUACAAGCCUAUGAAACAGGACUACCAUUACUAGGGUGGGUGUUUGUCUGGGUGUACUCCCUAUAAAUUCCUGGUUACGCCAGUGGUGCAUUGAACACACACAGCAUGGAUUGCAAUUUUGAACUCUUGUUUUGUUUUUUUCUCUAUACUCACGUCACUUUUGUUUACAGUGACUUGGUUAUAAUUUCUCUAUCCUGACAUAAUGCAUUUUCUCUAUACCAACACUGUCGGAUUUUCUCUAUACUGACUUCAUGAAUUUUGACAAUUUGUUUUCGUUAUACAGACUUAGGUGGAUUUUCUCUACACUAACUUAAUAGAUUUUCUUUAUACCGACUGAUGGAUUUUCUCUAUACUGACUUACUUGAUUUUCUUUAUAGUGGUUUUGCGGGAUUUUCUUUUUACUGCCUGAUGGCUUUUCUCUAUACUAACUUAAUUACUUUUCUUUAUAGUAGUUUGGCUGGAUUUUCUCUGUUACUGAUUUGGAUGAAGGUUCUUUAAACUGACCGAAUCAAUGGCUGAAUGCUUUAUAAUGACUGUCUUUCUUUAGUGACUUGAAUUGUUUUUCUUUAUGUCGAUGUGACUGUCUUUUCUCUAUACUGACUUGUGUGGACUUGUACCAGUCUUUUUACAGCCAGUCAAUUUAUUUAGUCAGUAAUUAUGGCUGAGCAAAAUAUUGAGUCCCAUUUAUAGAAAUUCGAGUCAGAACUGAUUUGGUCAGUAUUUAUGGCUUUAAUAAAAGAUUGAGUCACAUUUGUAGAAAUUGUAGUCAGAACUGAUUUAGUCAAUAUUUAUGACUUUAAUAAAAGAUUGAGUCACAUUUGUAGAAAUUGUAGUCAGAACUGAUUUAGUCAAUAUUAUUGGCUUUAAUAAAAGAUUGAGUCACAUUUGUAGAAAUUGUAGUCAGAACUGAUUUAGUCAAUAGUUAUGGCUCAGCAAACGACUGAGUGACAUUGAAUCUAGUACGAGCUGUUCAAUGGAUAUGUAUUUUAGUUGAGAGGGUAAAUUCAAAAGUGGAUCUAUUACAGUAUUAAAGGUAUCACACUAC